AUGUCAGAAUUAACAAAACUAAAGCAACGAAGAGGUAGGGUUAAAAGUCAAGUCACCAGAUUACAGAGCUUCUUUCAGGCUAACUCGGAAUGUUCAGCAGCAGAGGCACAGGUUAGGCUCAAAAAAUUGGAAGAACUCUGGAAUUCAUUCGAGGAAAUUCAGCAACAAAUAAAGGAAAUAGACAUGCAAGACGGCGUGCCAACGGAAGACGACAGCGAGCAAGUAACUUUCGAAGAAAGAUAUUACAGCAUAGCAGCUAAGGCACAGCAAAUAAUCAUCGAAAAAAAGGAUCGGUUACAAGCAACGUUGCAACAGCAACAACAAAGAGACAGCAGUCACAAUCAGGCAUCAACCAGCGGGCUCAGACAAGAGAGCAUCCCCUAUCGGGAAAGGCGAAACAAACCAAAGCUUCCCGAAAUAAAGCUCCCAGAGUUUAGUGGAGAAUACAUCAAAUGGUUGUUUUUCAAAAACAGCUUUGAAACCACAAUACAUAACGAUAGAGAUUUAACAGGACCACAAAAGUUUCAGUAUCUCAUCGGAGUGCUAACAGGGGAAGCACGAAAGGUCAUCGAAGGUUUCAGUAACGAAAAUUACGAGAAUGCUUGGCAGCUUCUAAAAAACACAUAUGAUAAUGAAAUGAUGAUCAUAGAAACGCAUCUAGACGCAUUAUUCAAUUUUCAAUCUAUCACAAAGGACAACAAGGCCGAAUCAAUAAGGCAACUCAUAUGGCACAUACAAACGCACAAAUCUUCGUUGAAAUCCCUGCAUCAGCCCGUGGAUCAUUGGGAUACGAUAAUAUUGCAUCUGUCAAAAAAGAAACUUGAUUACAUUGAACAGCGCGAUUGGCAGGAUCGUGCAAAGGAUCAUACGCCACAGAAUAUGCCGAAGUUAGAUGACUUUAUCGCAUUUCUGACAGAACGCUGUCACAUAUUACGCAUGCUAAAUCAAAACAAGAUUACUCAAACAAAACAGCAGCCGUCUCCCAAAGACAAUCAGGAGAAGAAAACAGGAAAGAAGAUCGUAUUAGCAGCGACUUCACUUCAGUGCAAAAUUUGUAACGAGGCACAUCAAGUGUUCCGUUGUAACGAACUGUUGAAAUUGGCUCCAGACGAGCGCAGGCACAACACGCUCUUGCAUAGAGAGGAGCACAAAAAGACAGAAGAGGAAAUCACAACAGCACCAGUUGUCGUACACUGUACAAAUGCAGUGAAUGUAUCAAGCGCAGCGCAUAAAAAUACAAGUGCGCAUCACAUUCUCUCCACAGCUCAGGUUUAUAUUCGAAACAGCGAUGGAAAACGAGUAAUCUGUCGUGCAUUGUUAGAUCCAGGGUCGCAGUUGAAUGUUAUAACAACGGAUCUACUGCAAAGGCUGAAAUUACCAUGGACUAAAGGUGACGAACCAGUCAGUGGAAUAGGUCGAGUCAAAACAGACAUUUGCAAGGUCGUGAGAAUCAGCUUGGAAGCAAUUCAUAACGACUUCAAGACGGAGCUCGAAUCCGGCUUAUAUAAGGAGCCUGGAGAAGUUGAUUUACUUGUGGGAUUAGGUUUAUAUUGGAAACUAGUCAUCGGUGCACCAAGAAAUCGCAUUGAUGGUCAGCCAGCAUUGCAGAACACUAAAUUGGGGUGGAUCAUCGGUGGCAGCUUAGAUUCAGGUAGCUCCAAGGCAACAGGUCAAGCAUCAACAUGUUUAGCAAUCACGAAUGAUCAACUGUAUCAACAAGUUGAAAAAUUCUGGAAAGUGGAGAGUCUUCCGGAAGUCAGGCACUACACAGCAGAAGAAGAAGCUUGCGAAAGGUACUUCAUAGACACAACACGGAGAGAACAGGAUGGUAGGUUCGUUGUCCGUCUACCUACACGACCAACGGUUCAACUCGGAAAUUCGCGAGAUCAAGCUCAAAGGAGAUUGUAA